AUGCUUUUUGAGCGUACAAAGUUGGAAGUCGAGGCAAAUAUUGCGCGGGCCUAUGAAGGUGAUAGGGGUACAUACAACCCACUAUACCAUUUACAGGCAAUGAUCAUGCUGGGGCAAUGGUUCUACCUUAAGGGCCGGCUGCUUGAAGGCUACGUGUAUGUCACCCGUGCUACACGGGCUUGUUUCAUACGGGACUUCUGUGGAAGCGCCAUGAAUGGCCUGCCAACCUCCUUAUCUUUAGGAGAGAUAAAGACAGUUUGGCCUGUUGCACUCUCGGAAUUCGAAAAUAGCCAUGAAUCCGGGCUACCUAAUGACAGUCAUUCAGUCGCAUCCCUGUUCGAUUCAAGAUAUUGUCAUAUUGUUGCGGAUGUCUCUCAAGCUUCAGCCAGCUGCAUACUGGCCAAGUGUACUGUAUUAACUUACUGUGCAGGAGUAAUAGACACUGAACGAAUCUCAGGGUCAGAAGUCUCUGACGAAUGGCAACGGCGUUUUAAAGAGUGUGAUCGGGGAAUUGAAUACUUUACUCAGUCUAUCCAGACGGUGUACGUUGGGCGUGAUGACCAGGAGGUUGCGGCUGUGGUCGUAAGUCAAGCUGCAGUUGAUUGUGCAAUUAUUCAGCUUCACGAGCCUCUAGUUGACCGCGAGCUGAAUAGGGAUGGACAAGGCGUCCGAUCCAGUUCCUUGGGAGGGUCUAGCUAUAGUCGAUGUAUCGAAGCAUGUCGACGUAUAGCAUUGGCGGCCGCGUGUGUUGAAAAGAUUGAAGCUAACCACAUGCAAAUGUUCUUUGGUAUCUCUUUGUCAUUUGCUGCGCGGGUAUUAGCCAAAGAAAUCCCAAGGUUGCGGCACGGUGGGUACGUGGAGCAAGCACUGAGGAUGGAACAACAGAUGGCCGCAAUCGCGAAAGGUAUGGAACGGAUGUUUGCAGUUUAUCCUGUACUCGUUCUCUUUGUGGAGCAUCUCAGAUCUCUAUGA